GGUCAAUCCGCUACCGUAACGGUAAUUGCUAUCAGCCAUGUCAACAUUCACUUGGAAUCGCUCCACGGGAGCUACGAUCACGAUUGUCCUCAUGACGCUGGGCUGCCUGGGCACAAUGUGCUUAGGCUAUCCAGGCUGUGAUCUUCCGUCAUCAUCCAGGGGAAGCCAAUCAGGACAAGUAGAAGCCAAGAGGAGCAGCGAUGGCAGCGACCACCCACUCAGCUCGCAACGAAGGGAACUUAAAGCAGGUGAUUUUACGUUCUUCUCGAACAAUAUUGUGAGUUUCGGAGAGGACUUAAUACGAAAUCUCACGGCGCCCGAUAAUGAGGAUGAUGUUUGGAGUAUGGCGAUUUGGCGCGAGAAACAGCUUCUGUUCUUUAUUUUGAGCGACCGGGUAUGGAGGGUGAGACUAACGGACACUAACGGAGAGCCAAGGGAAAGUACCCUCGUAGCGGGGCCGUGGCCCGACUGGAGGAAUGACACGACGGCACUAGCACUCGCGCUCGAGGACCGGAGAGGGGCUGAAGGAGCAUCCGCAGCGAAGAGCUCAUUCAGUUUGACAUUGCCAAGGAACAUUCUGCACGUGUCGGAUUGCAGCAACAAGGCCCUUCGCGCCUUUUCGAUUGACAACCUACUGGAGGGAAACUCUGCCGCGAUUGAGCUCUUCGUUCAUAAUUACAGUGAGCUGACCGGGGGCAGAUGCCUUUACAGUCUCGCAAUCGAUUCCCCUCGUCAGGUAAUGUACGCUUCGUCCGGGCGCGCUAUUUAUCGGAUGAACCUGACGUACCCCCGCCGCCAAUACGCGGCGCUGGAGCGUUGGGUCGGUCCGUAUAGUGGCGAUGAUGCCGUGUCCAGCUUCGAGGACUCCGAAGACCCUCUCAAGGUGCGUUUCGGCGAUGCCGUGCUUAGCUCAUCAGCCAUACCUGCGGAUGGCCAGGUCAUGUAUGUGGCGGAUGCAGAAAACAACGUAAUCCGCCGGAUCUCGACGGCCAUCGGGGCGGUGAAAACUGUGGCGGGAAAGGGUAGGAGACAUACGCAGGACGGCGCAGCACUAGACGCCGGUUUCUUUUCUCCCAUAGGCCUGGCGUUAACACCUGACGGCUGUAACCUCCUUGUCUCCGAGAGGGCGGGGGCUCUGAGGCUGAUCGGGGUCAAUCCCAGGGGAGGGGGAGGGGGAGGGGCAUUAAAUGUGACCACCAUUGCCAGGACGGAUCCGCCGCAGGGUGGGUGGUGGGCCUUGUUGGCGUGUGCCUGCUCUCCUGACGGAGACAUGGUGUAUAUCGGAAGGAGCGGCGGGCAGAUCACCGGGCUCAGAAUCAACAAAUCGGCAUUACCCUCGUGCUCGAUGGACUCACAGGACAGUCCACCACCGGGAACGCCGUCUCCCUCCUUCUCCUCACCUAGUGACUCAGCCCCCAACGCCAAUCCAUCGCGGCCGUCCUCCGCCGUCUUUUCCAACCCUUUGGUCGCCGGUCUUGCUGGAUCACUGCUCGCUGUCUUCUUCGUGGGUGUGUGCAUCGUCUUCCUUUGGCGGCGAAUGCGUCACGGUGCACGCAAGCAGCCGACGGAGCUGUUCCCCCCGCCGGAUAGUAUGGAUUCUGAACGGCUGCGUACUACGCAGACUGCUUUGUCCUCGAGCGGCUGCAGGGAGGGGAGUGGUGGUGCUGCCAGCCUUGGCCCGGUGCUAACCAGCCCGGCAGUAACUCUGAAGACCUACUCUUUGCAGCAGAUGGCGGAAGCCUGCCACAACUUUUCUGCGACGUGCUUGGUCGGCACGGGUGGUGCUGCGGAGGUCUACAGGGGCGUCCUAGCGACUGGCCAGGUGGUAGCCAUUAAGAUGAUGAAAGGGGAUCACUUCUCGCAGGCCAGGUUCCGUCAGUUCCAAGCCGAGCUGAGCGUGCUUGGAACUCUCCGCCAUAGCCAUCUCUGCAGCAUCAGCGGCUAUGGUGCCGAGGGCGACAGAUCGUUCAUCGUCUAUCCGUUUGUAGAGGGUGGCACGCUUCACGAGCGUCUGCAUUCUGAUGGGCGACCGACACUUCAGGGUCAGGGGAUCGACUCGGCCGCUGCUGCGGCGGGGRCCUGUGCGGAACGCCUGCCACUGCCACGGCAGUCGCCGCUGACCUGGCAAGCUCGUCUCUCGAUUGCUUGGCAGAUUGCCAAAGCACUGCGCUACCUUCACGAGGAGGUGGACCCCCCUGUCAUCCAUAGGGACGUCAAGAGCAAGAACGUGUUGCUGGAGACUCGUCGAGAGGGUGAUAACGGCAUGAGCGUCAGGGCAUACCUCUCCGACUUCGGCCUUGCGAAGCUCGGACAGAGCGCUUUCAGCGACACGCAGACGGCUAGAGACACGGUGGAGACGUACCACGUGGCAGGGACGAUAGGUUACAUUGCGCCAGAGUACUACACAUCCUGCAGACUGACCCUGAAGAACGACGUCUACGCAUUCGGAGUGCUCUUACUGGAGCUCAUCACCGGCAGAAAGGCGUUCGGGUCAAUGGAACCGGCCAAUCUCAAACGUGGACAGGAGGGGAAGGAGGAGGAGGUGCAAUUGAAGAGAGAGGACGUGGAGCCAGAGGGGCCGCUACUCCUAGAAGCAUGGGCAAAGAGACAGCUUCGAAGCAUGGAAUUUGUCUCUUCUUCGUCGGAGGAAGAGACCACAAGCAGAGCGGGAGAGGAUGGUACAACGUGGACUACGGGCAGGAUUGCGAGGAGGACUGUGUCGUCAUCGACCAAGUGGAGGCAAAUUGACAGAGUCCGAGAGAUCGCAGACCCUCGGCUGGAAAGAGAGGGCGAAGUGGACUGGAGCCAGGUGCGCAGCACGUUGCAGUUUGCCAUGGAGUGCGUUAGAACCAACCCCGAAAAGCGACCUCAUAUGGGAGAAGUGAUGGAGCGACUGCCCCAAGGAGACAGGAAAAGUCGACGGCCAGGAAAACGUAAAGAGCUUGUAAAAGGUUGAUGGCAAUGUUAGUAUGAAUGUAUUUUUGAGGCUUACCGGCGGCCAUAGCCGCCUGAGGUAUUGGGAGUU